CGCAGCUCGGCCCGCGGGCAGCCGCGGCAGCAGCGCCGAGAUGCAGGCGGUGCCGCUGGUGCUGCUGCUGCUGGCCGCGCAGUGCUGCGCCUCCGCCGCGGGGCUCUUCCCCUUCGGCGAGCCCGACUUCUCCUACAAGCGCUCCAACUGCAAGCCCAUCCCCGCGCCCAUGCUGCUCUGCCGCGGCAUCGAGUACCAGAGCAUGCGGCUGCCCAACCUGCUGGGCCACGAGACGGUGCAGGAGGUGCUGGAGCAGGCGUCCACCUGGAUCCCGCUCGUGCAGAAGCAGUGCCACCCCGACACCAGGAAGUUCCUCUGCUCCCUCUUCGCCCCUGUCUGCAUUGACGACCUCGACGAGAUCAUCCAGCCGUGCCACUCGCUCUGCGAGGAGGUGAAGGAGAGCUGCGCGCCRGUCAUGUCCGCCUUCGGCUUCCCCUGGCCCGACAUGCUGGACUGCAGCCGCUUCCCCAAGGACAACGACCUCUGCAUCCCCCUGGCCAGCAGCGACCACAUCCUGCCGGUCACCAGGGAAGCACCCAAGGUCUGCGAUGCCUGCAAAAACAAAAAYGAAGAUGACAAUGACAUUGUGGAAAACCUCUGCAAGAAUGACUUUGCCCUGAAGAUAAAAGUGAAGGAGAUUGCCUACAUCAAUGGGGAUACCAAGAUCACCCCCGAAACAAAGAGCAAAACCAUCUACAAGCUGAACGGGCUGACCGAAAGGGAUCUGAGGAAGAUUGUGCUCUGGCUCAAAGGCGGCCUGCAGUGUACCUGCGACGAGAUGAACGACAUCAACGUGCCCUACCUGGUGAUGGGGCAGAAGCAGGCCGGGGAGCUGGUGAUCACCUCGCUGAAGCGGUGGCAGAAAGGGCAGCGGGCUUUCAAGCGCUUCUCGCGCAGCAUCCGCAAACUGCAGUGCUAGCCGCCUCYGCUCCUGCCACAUCCAGCAGCCGCCUCCAUCCCGAGCUCCCGGUCCGUUCCCCYGUGCCCUCUUGUGCCGUCCCCUCCGAGCCUCAAGGUGCAGUGGGCGUCAGAGCCAGGGACUGUUCCCUGAGAGAGGAGGGAGGCCUCUAUUUUUGUACAUAGGUUAAAGUGUAAUAAAAAAAAUCAUGACUAUUUUUGGGAUUAAAGUAUCUUGCCUAAGUUUUUUUUUUUUUCCUCUCUUUUUGAGUGCAAGUGUGACUUUGACCUGAAGCUUUUCCCUCUUUGUUUUGGUAAUGCUGGUCAGUUUAUAUUGCUAUUUCUCUGUAUACAUGCAUGUUUGUUGUGCAAAAAGUAGGAGUGCAAAGACAGUCAUGUGUGACUGGCCUGUCACACUGGAUAUGACUUUUUCAUUAAUAUGGAAGGGCUUGCCAUCUAUAUUAACACUAUAAAGAUCAUGUUACAACUCUUGCAUGUGAUACAUAGGCACCAAUAAGAGCAUAUUAACCAUUCUCACGCUUUUUUUUCCUCCACGUGUCUGAAGUUUCCACUUCCCUGUCAGAGAAAUGAACAAGUUUUGGAGUUGAUCUGAAUGCAACUUUCAUUUUUUAAUUUUGCUAAUUAAGCCAUCUGUAGCCUACUUGUAAUAUACCUAUUGGUUAACCUKAAAGAGUUGUAAAAUAUUGCUUUAAUUAACCUUGUAAAUAUUCCAGAUAAAUGUUAUAUUCUUGUAUAUAAACUUUACA